AUGGCGUCUGCUCUCACCGCCCUCCUCCUCGGAUGUGAAUUUCCCAAACCAACCAUCUCGGUGAGCCCCAGCAGGGUGGUGGCGCUCGGGGGAAGCGUCACCAUCCGCUGUGAGGGUCGGUACCCGGACAUGGAGUUCUUUCUGCGUAAAGCUGGACACCCGAACCGGCAGGUGCGGACGGUGCCUGAUGGGACCGUGGCUGAAUUUCCCAUCGCCAGUGUCGGCUGGGAUGAUGGAGGGAGCUACACCUGCGAAUAUCGCACCAUAACACAAAGAAUCGCUUUUCGUAUCCCAGCGACCCCGUCGAGAUCAUUCGGGGGGGUCUCCCUGGGGGGAACCGUGACUGUCUGGUGUCGGGGGCAGCGCCGGGGCGCACGGUUCGUGCUGAAUAAAGAGCGACGCCAUUUCCCACCUGUGGAUUCGGACGGGUUUGGGGCUGUGUUUCCCAUCAGCAACGUGAGCCGGGAGGACGGCGGGAGCUACAGCUGCUCCUAUCACAGCAGAUCGGAGCAGUUCAACGUGUCGUACCCCAACAACCCCGUGGAGCUGGUGGUGAGAGAUCCCAACUUACCCAGACCCUCCAUCUCUCUGAGCCCCACUGGGGUCACUGCCCCAGGGGCAAACGUCACCAUCCGGUGUCAGGGGCAGCGCCGGGACGUGAGGUUCUUCCUGCACAAGGCUGGAGACCUGAACCCGCAGCGACACAUGGACCCUGCUGGGAACAGGGCCGAGUUCCGCAUCCCCACCGUGGGCCGCCAGCACGGAGGGAACUACAGCUGCAGCUACCGACCCCGAUCAGAGCCCUUCAUCUCCUCGCAGCCCAGUGACCCCAUGGAGCUGGCAGUAGCAGAUGUGGGGCCCAGAUCGACGUCGCCACUCCCAGCCCCACCCCCAGCCAGACCCUCGGCGGGGGCUCCAUGCUGAUGGGAUGCUCAGAGCAGGCUCUGUCCUGAGCUCUGGGCCCAGCAGAGGGACGCCCGGCUGCGGAGCGGAGACGGCACAGGUGACCGGUAUAAUAUGGAGCUGCUGCCGAGAGACGCUGGGCUGGUGUCGGGGGCUGGGGGCUGCUCAGGCCUAGCACAGGGCUGGGGUCGCUCGGCAUAGCAUGGCUGGGGCUCAGGUCAGUUGGCAGUUGGUGGGGCUGACCCGGGACUGGGGCCGGACUAGGGUUGCUCUGGUGGCAGGGGUGGGGCUCCAGGUUCUAGCUGGCCC